GCUUAUCAUAUUUGUUUCCUUUUUAAACAAGUAAUUGGGUUGGGAGUAAGCCGAAGUAAACCGAUUACCGGUAUUCCUAUUUAAGUGCGUCACGGACCAAAGGCAUUAACUAUCCAUGGACUUGGAGACUGGGAGUCCAUCGUCGGCGCCACCGCCCACGGCGGCCGAGGCGUCCAGCACUACAAGAUCUCUGGUGAGUCGCCUCAACUCCUCCGUGGCAGGAGGCCCCGUUGGCAGGCGCUUCAAGCUCGCGGAGCGGAACACCACCUUCACCACCGAGCUCCGCGCCGGCACCGCCACCUUCCUCACCAUGGCCUACAUCCUCGCCGUCAACGCCUCCAUCCUCACCGACUCCGGCGGAACUUGCUCUGUCUCCGACUGCGUCCCCCUCUGCGCCGACCCCGCAUCUCCCCUCUCCGGCUGCACCAGAAUCAUCCAUCCCGACGAGUCCUGUAAAUUCAACCCCGUCAAUCCCGGCUACGCCGCCUGCCUCGAGAAGACGCGGAAGGAUCUGAUCGUCGCCACCGUGGCGUCGUCGCUGAUCGGCUGCGUGGUCAUGGGCGUUUUCGCGAAUUUGCCCCUGGCUUUGGCUCCGGGAAUGGGCGCCAACGCGUACUUCGCGUAUACCGUUGUGGGAUUCCACGGCUCCGGCAACUUGCCGUACCAGAGCGCGUUGGCCGCAGUUUUCAUCGAAGGGCUGAUAUUCCUCCUUGUCUCCGCGUGCGGACUACGCGCCAGGCUCGCGAAGAUGAUUCCGAGACCGGUGAGAAUCUCAUCCUCGGCUGGCAUUGGGCUUUUUCUGGCCUUUAUUGGGCUUCAGAACAAUGAAGGCCUGGGCCUCGUUAGCUUCAGCCCGUCAACGCUCAUCACGCUGGGAGCAUGCCCACGCUCCGCGCGUGCGGCGGUUGCGCAGGUUACCACCGCAGCAAACGGCACCGUUUCUCUUGUUCCCGGCGGGACCGUCUCCGGGGAUAUCCUCUGCUUGAACGGCAGAAUGGAGAGCCCGACUUUCUGGCUAGGAAUGGUAGGAUUCGUAAUUAUCGCUUAUUGUCUGGUCAAAAACGUAAAAGGCGCUAUGAUUUACGGCGUCAUCUUCGUCACCGCCGUUUCCUGGUUCCGUCACACCAGGGUCACGGCCUUCCCCGACACUCCCGCCGGCGACGCCGCUUUCAGCUACUUCAAAAAAGUCAUCGACGUUCACAAAAUCAAAUCCACCGCCGGCGCCCUGAGCUUCAAGAGCAUCGGGAAGGGGCAUUUCUGGGAAGCCCUGGUCACAUUCCUCUACGUUGACAUCCUCGACACCACCGGGACUCUGUACUCGAUGGCGCGAUUCGCCGGAUUCACGGACGAAAACGGCGACUUCGAGGGCCAGUACUUCGCGUUCAUGUCCGACGCGACGGCGAUCGUGAUCGGAUCGCUGCUGGGGACAUCUCCGGUGACGGCGUUCAUCGAAUCCUCCACCGGGAUAAGGGAAGGCGGGCGGACGGGGCUGACGGCGUUGACGGCGGCGUGGUACUUCUUCCUGGCCUUCUUCUUCACGCCGCUGCUGGCUUCAAUCCCGCCGUGGGCGGUGGGGCCGCCGCUGGUACUGGUCGGAGUACUGAUGAUGAAAUCGGUGACGGACAUCGACUGGGAGGACAUGAGGGAGGCGAUUCCGGCGUUCGUGACCUUCGUCCUGAUGCCGUUGACCUACUCCAUCGCCUACGGAUUGAUCGGCGGCAUAGGGACCUUCAUCGUCUUGAACCUGUGGGAUUGGAGCGUGGGGCUUAUGUCGAAAUAUGGUAUAAUCAAGGGGUCGGGUGGUAAUAAUAAAGAGAACUUGGGGUAAACGCUGUUUAGAGCAUGAACAAUGGCAAGACGAAAAUGGAAUGCCACACGGUGACAUGGAACAUUUUAACCAAUCAAAAAUAAUCCAGUCAGCGUGUGGCAAGUGAAUGGAGUGACAAGUUCUACAAUGGCAAGUCAUUAUUUUUUAUCACUUUUUUACAUUUUUUUAUGUUUUUUAAACAUAAAAAAAAUAUUUUUAUUAUUUAUUUUAUUAAAAAAUUAUUCUACUUUCUUAUACAUUUUUUUUCAUAAAAAAUUUUAAAAAAAUUUAUUUAAAAAAAAUAAAAAAAGCAGGAUGGAGUGUCACACUCAUGCCUCACAAAGCAAGGCAUUUUAACCUUGCCAUGCCAUGAUAUGUGUGGAAGAAGCUGAUGUGGCAGUGCAUGGCAUGACUCUUCCUUGCCAUUGCACAUGCUCUAAGGGAACGCGUAGUUAGUGGCUAAUGACGACGAGGAUGGAUGAUUCCAAAUCAAUCAAAGUUGUUUGAUACGAUUGUUUAAUGCAUUGUAAAUGGUCACCAUUUGCUCUUUUCUUUUCUUUAGGACUUUUCUUUUGUCAUUAUCCCCGCUUAGUACACUGUGUAUCCUU